GUCACCAGUGGGCGCGACCCCGUCCUCAAAGGAUUUUUUCCCCGGAGUGGCCAGACGGGCAGGGGGACACAGGAUGGAAGAGCUAAUAGAAGUAUCUAACGGGACAUGCGGACUGGCUGAUUUCUUCUAAUAUUUCAAGUGCUGUUUGUGUCGGUGUGAGGCCCUCACCAUGCCGCUGGUCAAGCGGAACAUCGAGCCCCGUCACCUCUGCCGGGGGGAGCUCCCCGAGGGCAUUGGCAGCGAGCUGGAGUGUGUGAUGAACAACACGCUCUCUGCCAUCAUCCGUCAGCUCAGCAGUCUGAGUAAACAUGCGGAGGACAUAUUCGGCGAGCUGUUUAAUGAGGCCAACACCUUCUACCUGCGUGCCAACUCUCUCCAGGACCGCAUUGACCGGCUGGCUGUCAAGGUCACACAGCUGGACUCCACCGUAGAAGAAGUUUCCCUGCAAGACAUCAACAUGAGGAAAGCCUUCAAGAGCUCCACCACCCAGGACCAGCAGGUGGUGUCCAAGAGCAGCGUGCCCAAUCCCGUUGUAGAGAUGUACAAUCUGAGUGACAAGCCUCCACCCCUCAGCAUCCUCUCCUCGUACAGGGAUGACCACAAGGAAGCACUUAAGUUCUAUACUGAUCCCUCCUACUUCUUUGACCUAUGGAAGGAAAAGAUGCUGCAGGACACUGAGGAUAAGAGGAAAGAGAAGAGGAAGCAGAAGGAGCAGAGGCGUUGUGUGGAUGGGACGUUACAGAGGGAGGUGAAGAAGGUCAGAAAGGCGAGGAACCGUCGGCAAGAGUGGAACAUGAUGGCUCUGGACAAAGAGCUGAGGCCGGACCAUCGACACACCAUACACCGAGACAGAGGGGCUUCCUCUGAGGGCUCAAUGUCACCUGAGAACAGGGGUCACGGUCCUGAUCAGCACCACUACCCCAACUCCAUGAACCACGCUGGACACGCCCACACCUACUCUGGCCCACCGCCCAGCGUCCUGGCUGCCCAGAUGGCUGCAGGGCAUGCCGCUCGUGGAGGCGGUGAACAUGAUAAUAGAGGCAGGACUAUGAUGGCCUAUCAGGGCGGGACACUGGGCCGUGUCCACCACCACCAUGUCCCACUGCCUCCUCCACCCACUGAGGCUAUGAACGGUGGCUCCAUGUCCCUUCCACCAAUGGACUACAGUAUGGAUGGCUAUGCCAACACUGGUCCCCCUCCCCUCCCCCCUCCAGCCCCUCUCAUCCCAUCCGCCCAAACAGCCUUUGCCUUACCUCCCGGAGGUCCGAUGUCUCCUGGGCCGAUGCCCGGUGCUGGUGGCUACGCUCCGCCUCCACCACCUGUAUCUGGAGCCCAUGCAGCUCCACCUCCCCCUGGUCCCCCACCUCCUCCCAUUCCAGCUGGGUCCUCCCACUCCACCACCCACAAGAUGUCCUCCUCUGCAGCUGCUGAGACCACAGUGGUCAACGAUGCCCGCAGUGACCUGUUGGCUGCUAUACGUAUGGGCAUCCAGUUGAAGAAGGUGCAAGAGCAGCAGGAGCAGCAGGCUAAGAGGGAGCCAGUUGGAAACGACGUGGCCACCAUCCUGUCACGUCGCAUCGCUGUGGAGUACUCCGACUCUGAGGACGACUCCGAGUUGGAGGAGAACGAUUGGUCGGAUUAACAUACAUACAACAAAACAAAAAAAUGGAAAACCACUGAAGAUACACACACUCACUUGAAAGAAUGCCCACUGUCCCACACCCACGGGUUGUCACACACUGUGUUGCUGAAAACACACACACACACAACCACAUGCCGUCGGAUGAUAUAAGCUGAAUGGAAAUCUGGGGGUGUAUUCAAGAUGCGUAAACACUGUAAAGACACUAGAAAUAUACUGUAAUGCUGACCACUCUCUUAAAAACAUUAACAUUCAGGUUAAAAUAUAUAUUUGAAAGCAUUGUGAAUACACCCCAGUGGCAGUUUCUUUAUCUGUUAUAACACUAUAGACGCCCUGCGAAGGUGCUUAUCUCAUGUAUAGCCGAAGCUUGAGAGCGUUAGAAGAGUUAGAAACUUUCCUCUUGAGCUAACCAAUGUACUUGUCUUUUUUUAAUGUUUUUACUGAAACACUUGCAUAUGCCAUAGACCAUGAGUUUUUAACACGGGAAUAACUGGAAGAGAAGACGUAAUGAGCUGCGGUCGAUGAUAAUGGGUUUAAGCCACUGAGGGAGUGAAGGGGGAGAGUGUUUGAAAUGCUGUGGGAAAGAUGGAUGAGAGGGCGAUGUGUAAAAAGUUUUAUUGAUCAUAAAUAUAAUUGAUUGAGCCAUCACUGCUGUAUGGGAGGGGUGGGGGAGGGGAGGGGGGGUCGUGUAUAUGCUAGCGUGAGCUCUGUAACCUUUGACCCAGAGAAAAAUAAAACAAUGAAUGAAGGAUCAUG